AUGGCUCCUCUCAUUCGAGUAAUCGGAUCUCUCAAUGCCGACAUGGUUUCAGUCACACCCCGAUUCCCCGGCCCCGGCGAGACCAUCACAUCUUCCUCCUACUUCACCAGUGCUGGCGGCAAGGGCGCAAACCAGGCAGUCGCAUGUGGACGGAUGUCAAGAAAGAAGCCAUCUUCAGAUGGAUUCAAUGCGAACAGCGAUGUUCAAGUCGAGAUGGUCGGUGCUGUUGGUGCGCUAGACGGCCACUUCGCCGCCCUCUUGAAACCAACGCUCGAGAAAUCUGGAGUGGACCCAUCUCGGGUUCGCGUAAUUGAAAACGAAUACACUGGAGUGGCUGUGAUUAUUGUAGACUCGUCUGCUGGAGGCGAGAAUCGGAUUUUGUUCUCUCCUGGCGCAAAUUACACAGGCAUGCAGCCUACGUCUGAAGUGCUCGGAACAGCUCUGACAUCUCCUGUACCUGAUGUGAUUGUGAUGCAGGGUGAAAUACCAAUUCAAACGGUUAUUUCUAUUCUUCGAGAAAUUGUGGCUUUCAAAGCGAAUAACCGGGCUGUGGGAAAGCGUGGUAUCGAGUGUGGCCCGGAUGUCAUGCUCAACCCGGCUCCUGCACCGCCAGGUGGACUGCCCGAGGACGUCUACAGUGCUGUUGACCACUUGAUCUUAAAUGAAACUGAAGCUGAAUUGAUGACCCCGCCAAUGGAGCAACUGCUCCUCGUUGUUCCAGAUGCCGAGGGGCUGGACGGCAAGGAGAAGGUUGCGCGGUACUUCCACAAGCUGGGUGUCACCUAUGUGCUAAUUACACUAGGAUCCAAGGGUGUCUGGUACAGUGCUAUUGACGGUGGAUCUUCCGGGCCCAGCGAUGGGGUGAAGCGCUUUACCAACGAGAUUCCUGCAGCGCCCGUUUCCAAUGUCUUAGAUACAACUGCCGCGGGAGAUACAUUUGUUGGAGCCUAUGCCGUCGGUGUUGCGCGGGGGCGCGAGCAACGUCGUGUCGAUGGUAAAGCAGGACAGGAUAUUACAGACAUGGAAAAGCCACAUCGCUACAAGAUUGUCAUGGAUGAAGCUAUGCGGAAAGCAGCACAAGCAUCAGCUCGUACUGUGGAACGCCAGGGAGCAAUGGACAGCAUUCCCUUUGAGGACGAGGCUUAA